UUAUUUUGUAAGCCCAAUUUUGAAGGCCGAUAAACAAACAUUAUUCAAUUUUAAACCCUAGCAACAUACCCCCCUUCUUCUUUUCUUCUUUUCUUCUUCGUCUUCCUCGUUUCUCCUUCUUCACGAACACAGAAUUUUUAAAACAAGGCAAAUAUGAGAUUGGAGAAGUGCUGGUUCUGUUCUUCUACCGUGUAUCCUGGCCAUGGGAUUCAGUUUGUUCGUAAUGAUGCAAAGAUAUUUAGAUUUUGUCGAUCGAAAUGCCACAAGAACUUCAAGAUGAAGAGAAAUCCCCGCAAAGUAAAAUGGACUAAGGCUUACAGGCGGUUGCAUGGCAAGGACAUGACACAGGAUUCUACUUUUGAGUUUGAGAGGAAGCGGAACAGACCUGAAAGAUACGAUAGGAAUGUGACAGAGAACACUCUCGCAGCCAUCAAGAAAAUUGACAAAGUCAGGGUUGACAGAGAGGCCAGGCACCACGCCAAGAGGAUGAAGCCAAAGAAGGCCCAAUUGCAGAGGGAGGCAGCGAGGGAACUGGAACAGAACAUUUCAAUGGUCAAAGCUCCAGGAGCUCUACAGCAAGACCCCUCACUCACCUUACCUAUCAAGGUCAAGGUAUCGAAACCAGAGAAAGUUGAUAACCGUAUGGAGGAAUGAUGGCACCGCCUUUACAUUUGUUCACAGCUUACUCAAAGAGGUAUUUAAGGCUAAUAUAAGUAGGAAAGAAGGAUUGAUUCUACACAACAACUGGAACUGUUGGAACUUCUGAAUAGGGAUUCAUCUUGUUCUUUGGCUGAUAAUGUCUUGUUGUGUUCUAUAUCAUCUUGAACUCACUGCCAGUUUUGCUAUAUGUUGUCCAGUAUAUCAAUGUUUUGUGUUUGUAUAUUUUCUGAAUUUGAUGACUCAGCAUACUGCUGCCUGUUAAUGGGUUUACUUCUUAGGCUUAAUCAUAGUUUCUAUUUUAGUUUUUUCAA